GCCCCGCGGACGCCAAUGCCCGCCUUUUUCCUGAGGACCGAACACGCAGGCGCAGCCGGACCCAGGUUCUCGCGCCUCAGAAUGAAGUGCGCCUGCGCUAGCAAACGGCCCGCCCCUGCUUCUCGGGUCCUCUAUAAAGCCUCGAGCUUCUCCUCGCGAGAGACUUCGUUCUCAUGCUCGCUGCGGGGGUCGGAGGUCAGAGCGAGCGUCUCGCGGGCCGUAGGAGGAAGAUGGCGGUGGAGUCGCGCGUUACCCAGGAGGAAAUUAAGAAAGAGCCGGAGAAACCGAUCGAUCGGGAGAAAGUAUGGGGUCCGGAAAGAGGUGGAGACGUGCCCGCUGCUGCUGCGUGUUUUCACCACCAAUAACGGCCGCCACCACCGAAUGGACGAAUUCUCCCGCGGAAACGUACCGUCCAGCGAACUGCAGAUCUACACUUGGAUGGAUGCAACUCUGAAAGAACUGACUAGUUUAGUAAAAGAAGUCUACCCAGAAGCUAGAAAGAAGGGCACACACUUCAAUUUUGCAAUUGUUUUUACAGAUCCUAAAAGACCUGGCUAUCGGGUAAAAGAGAUUGGCAGCACCAUGUCUGGGAGGAAGGGGACCGAUGACUCCAUGACCCUCCAGUCGCAGAAGUUCCAAAUAGGAGACUAUCUGGACAUAGCAAUCACCCCCCCAAAUCGGGCACCGCCUCCUUCAGGGCGCAUGAGACCAUAUUAAAUUUUAUUUACUAUUUCUUGAAUUAUUUUUCAUUCAGUUAUGUAAAAUAAACUUUUUCCUCCCCUCAUCAUUGCCAUUAAGCCUUUAAACUCGAAACAAAUUGUAGUGCGUCUGUUUAGGAAUUAGUUUUGGCUGUGUUGGAUAGUCCUAGAAAUUCUCGUGUUUCUGGUCCUUCCAUAAAAUAUGAAGAAAAGUGCUCUUAGCAUCCUUUGUAAAACUGUAUUGUUAAAUACAUGUGUGCAAUCAA